AUGUUGCGCUAUGGCACCGAAGCAGGAGGAAUAGCAGAGCUCUUUGACGCAUGGCAAAAAGCCGAGGGUUGGAAGAAGCGAAGUGCUUCAACCGCGACGUCGCUGGGGAGUGACGGAUGCACCGGAGUAACUGGGUGCGGUCAUCAGGAUCGGAAAACCUAA